CAGUUGUUCAUCCAUGCGGAGCGGCCAGGCAACCUGUUCCUGUCGCUUGUCCGUGACGAGUAUCCCGACUAUCCACUCGUCCUGAACGGUACGGAUUCAACAGGCGCCGCUGCUGAUGUCCAGAGGUACCAGCCUGCCGUCAUGCUGGAGAAGACCUACACCAUCCACUGGGACGGCCGGGCGCCAGAACAGAUCACCAUCUACCCUAUCAACUUCGACAGCGGAGAUUGGCUGCGAUUGGGACUCUGCUAUCCUCCGGGAACCACCUUCCAAGUGAGGUACCAACUGGAGAUGCGCGUGCCGAGCGCUAUCUUUCACAACGAGGAGAUCCACCCCGCACAGAGCUUGCACGAAGUCGAGAGCGGCGACGGCAAGCUGUUCUACUUUGAAGAAAGCACGGGCCUGUUGUUCCUGAAAGCACGAGCUAAAUACGAUCGGGAAGGCCACAACUACUGUUCACACAUGGGCUGUGAGAGGAUCAUCAUCUCGGCCACCAUGACGAGUAACACAGUCAGCGACUGUACGGCAGCAGCUUACCCCACGUACAGCCUGACCCCGACAGAGACUGUCCCCAUGCCGAGCUUUGCGGAUGGGGUCUUCGACUGUUCCGGCUGUGGUGCUCCGGAGCCAAUCGUCAGUGUCGACAACAUGAGAUUUCUGGAAGUAACCGUCCUGUCAGCAGGGUGGUUGGAAAUCUUCCAAGGCCAUAAAUCCUAUAUCGAGUCUGCAAUGUCAAUAAAUCAAAUCAAACUUACUUUAGUUUUAAAUUUGGUUCUUCAGAUUGACGGAGUCCGGCACGGUAACAACCACCGAGGGUACCACGUCAUCAGCGUUGACGCCCUGACAGGUGACGUCACGCGCGAACUGACCUUUGACACGCACAGCAGCCCUGCAUCAGAUGUGGCAAUGGCAGACUUCAUACGGAACGACAUUGCAUCAAACUCAAUCGUUCUUGUGGCUACAAGUGACGAACCCAGUCAAUACGCCGUAGAGUGCCUAGUUGCACUGAAGGAGAUCGGAGCCCAGGAGCCUGUAAAGACAGGCAAUAGAGGCAAUUUCGCCAUGGUUGGCUUUAAGGGCACGGUGUGGCCCAGCUGGAUCCAGCAAGUCAACCUGCCGUCCGGUCAGGGUCCGGCACAGAUCUACACCAAGAUCCCGCUCAUGGGCUGAGUUAUCGUCACGUGGAGGAAGGGAGUCUAAUUUAUCAAUAAA